UCUUGACGACUGCUCUGCUGUCAAAAAAGAUCAAUACAAAAAAGGUUAAUAUUCAUUGAAACAUGGAGGGAAGGAACUCUGUGAUUGAAGAAACGAGUGAGCAUGAAUGAUGAUUAGAUGUGAUGUUUGUUACUAGCUGUGAGGAUUUAUAAGCCUUGCGAAGGGAAACCUGAAAUUUGGAGCUGGACUUUGGAGGGAUUUAAACAUCGAGUCAAGAUGAGCGUUGCCAACUCAUUUCUUCUGGAUAGGUACCUGGAGGAGUUGAAACAUAACAUGGCAAACAGUGGAAAAGGGACAUCGUCGUCGACAGAUGAAGUUAUUUUACUGAGAGAGCAGCUUCGGACUCUGAGUCUAGAGAUGAUGACAUUGAAGCAUGCCAUCAACACCAAAGGAUCAAAUCUUCAUGCCCCACUCCCAACUACAAACUGCAAUGGAUUCACGCAUGUAGUUCCCUCUCCAAUGCAAGAUCCCAGCUACUUUGACGCUUACAGGGACCAGCGCUACUCCUCCUCAAACCACAGUCCGAGCUGUUACAGCGGCUGCUCCUGCUCCCCACCCUCCUCUGGGAAGGGGGUACCCUUGACCUUUGACCCUUACACUGACCUCCAGGAUCUCAUUCAGAUGUCAGGACCGUUGACAGAAGAGGCUGUGCUGCGGGUGCUGAGACAUCGAUGGCAUGGCGGAGAAUGUCAUACGAGAGUCGGUCCAGUGCUCAUCAGCAUCAACCCAUACAGAGGAGUUCCACUUGAGCAAGCCCUUCAGCACAACCGUACCAACCAAUCAGAGCAACUCCAUCGGUUAGCGGCUCAUGUCUUGAAGGAGCUUAUAGAUACGGGAGCCUCACAAACGAUAAUUCUUGGUGGUGAGAGCGGUAGCGGGAAAACUCACACAUCUCAAUCUCUUCUUAGACAACUGUACAGACAGGCGGGUGGAGGAACUGAAACGGAUACUUUUAAGCAUCUUGCUGCAUCUUUUACAGUUCUCAGGUCACUGGGCUGCGCAAAGACAUCAAGUAACUGUGACUCAAGUAGAAUGGGUCACUAUAUUGAAGUUCUCCUCUCAGAUUGUGCCAUCUAUAGAACAAAGAUCCACUGUUAUUGGUUGGAUCAUGGCAGGGUCGUCAGUCCAAGACUUGGGGAGAGGAACUUCAACAUCUUCUACCAGAUGCUGGCUGGUCUCAGCAAAGAUGAAAGAGUAAAACUACAUCUGAAUGGUUGCUCUGCCCACACCUUAGCCUACCUCAACAAGUCAAGAACGGAAAAUGCGGACAGAGACAGAAUACGAUUUGAAAGUUGGAGGAAUGGGCUGGCAGUUUUAGGUAUCCCAUUUUUUGAUGUGAUGAGAAUCUUGGCGGCCAUUCUACUACUUGGAAAUGUCCAGUUUAUUGAAGAUGGAGGUUAUGAGUUAGACAUCAAAGGAAAUAAUGAAAUCAAGUCCGUUGCAGCGCUGCUGGGUGUGUCUGGAGUAUCUCUGUACCGAGGGUUGACAACAAGAACAAACAGUCUGAAGGGACAGGUCUUCAAAUCUCUCUGUGAUGCACAGACGGCGAACAAGACGAGGGACUCUCUGGCUAAAGCCUUGUACUGCAGGACGGUACUAACGAUCACCAAGAGGCUCAACAGCCUAAAGAAACUCAGCAUCAGUCACUCAUUGGGGAGUAGUGAUGAUUCAAGAAUUAACGAUGUGUGUAUGAAGCCUGUGAGACAGGCAUCGCCUGCCCCUUCAAAGUCCUCCACUAACCACUCGUCCAGCUCGCAUGGUUCCAUCGGCGAGGGCUUUAUUGGAAUCGUAGACAUGCUUGGCUUUGAAACAACUCAGUGCAAUAGACUAGAGCAGUUAUGUGUCAAUCAUUGUAGCGAGACACUACAGCUGUUCUAUAACCAGCGUGUGUUUAAUAGAAUACAAGACACCUGCAGGGAAGAAAGUAUACAGUGUGACGUGCAGGUUGAUUACAGCUGUAAUAGGCCAUGCUUUGAACUGGUCACAUUGAAGGAAACUGGUAUUUUUAGCUUGCUCAGUAAGGAAGGAUUAGAACCUAAAUCCAACUCUGAAACCUUGACGGAAAACCUGAACAACAAACUGCAAAGUCAUAGUUGUUUCCAGAAUGAGAUCGAUAAUAAAGACAUGUUCACUAUUAAGCAUUCAGCCGGUGAUGUGACGUACAACGCCAGUGAAUUUGUCAAGACAAAUCGUGAUGUCAUUGAUGAUGACGUCAUCAGCAUCUUCCAGAAGCAUUCUUGUAAUUUUGGCUUUGCCGGGUAUCUCUUUGCGCCUGAGCUGAAAGCUCUACAAGGUAAAUCCCCUAAAGGUUUUAUGUUUAGAAUUUCACCGAGCCCACCACCAACAGAAAACACAGGGAAACACGAAGAGACAUCUUCAAGUCUCUGUCAAGAUUUUCAGGUGCGACUAGACAGCCUGCUGAAGACACUGAGCCAAGCCUCUCCGCACUUCAUCAGAUGCAUCAGGUCUAACGAUCGAGAAGAGCCAAACUCAUUUGAUAGUGAUGCUGUCAGGAAGCAAAUAAAGCAUCUCCAACUCCUGGAGACAGUACAACUCAUGGCUGGAGGUUAUCCACGCCAGGUAAGAUUUCCGUCCUUCGUCAGUCGUUAUAGAUUCUUAGCGAGAGAUAAAAAACUCAAAGGGCUCAUGGAAAAAUCACUGCAAGAUAGCAAGGUGAUUUUGGACUGUUUUCUGCAAGCCAUGGAUCAAAGCAAACUGCCAUACCUCAGUACAAGAUGGGCGCUGGGAACAAGACACGUCUUUCUCAGUGAGGAAGCAUGGCAGUGUCUGGAGUGUCUACGGGAUGCCAGACAGCACCAGGCCGCUGUCCACAUACAGUCUCUUACCAGACGCUGGAUCUGCAUGAAGCACUGGCCCACACUGAAAGCCCUACUGCAAACCAAACUUAGCAAUAGUAAAAGAAUGCAGUGCCUUGAGGUGGAGCCUAUAUAUGAAGGGAUCCAGUCUGCCACUUCGUCUUUGGGCAAGACAUCUGAGCCUGACCGAUGCGAUACAGACAUUGUACAGCAGACAUGUAGUGUGUAUGGCUUGGAUGUGAAUCACCCACCUCCGAUACCAAAGAGUCGACCUUACACAGUGGCUGGUAGCAUCAGGGUGGAUUUCCCACAGACCAGAAUCAUGAAGUGUAAUUACCCUGAUAAUUCUACUGAACCAUUACUCCAGGCGGGGGAACCGGUUCUAGUCACUGGUGUAUCCGCUACUAGAGGUUUACUUAUUAUUGAACACAAUAGCUGCGCACUCCACGUCCCAUACCAAUACACACAGGUUAAGGCCAAUGGGAUGACAGUGGGGACCAAGUUAUGAACAUCAAAGCAGAACUCACACCCUGCCCUCACGUUUCAACAACACCGCAUCCAUGUCAAGUUCCCGAAUACAAACACUGUCUACCCUGGCACCAGUCUUAUUUGGACGAUAUCCUCAGUUUGGAUUCUGUAGACCUUUCUAUCUCAACGUCACCGCCCAAGUUUUUUCAAACCGAGGUGGAACAAUAUGGAAAGCUGUAAGAGCAAAACAAAACCUGAUGGUCAGUUUGUAACAAUGUCACACAACUAUUGAAAAAUAUUGUUGAAAUUGUUGGAAACAAAGCUUCCAAGUUUGGGAGGUAUUUUAUUCAAUUGAAAGUUUGCAGCAAACUUUGAGUUUGGUCAGAACAUCUGAUAACAAUCAGGCGUCCAUGCCAACCGGUGUGGUUUGUUUAUCAACAAUGGAAAGGUCUAAAGAGCUGAAGUAGAAACCAACAUGUCUGCUGCUCUUAGACCUAAACCCCUUUUUAUUUGCCAUAUUUGUUUUUCGACUGCCACCCAAAUUGCAAAGGGUGUUGCAAGAAAUAUUUGAACAAGUUCCUUUUAAACUUAAUAGUUACAACAAAAGCUGACGUUUCCAGCAAGAUUAGUAGAGUUAAAUGUAUUGUAGUAGGCAACGGCCUUUUGACUUGUGAUGUCUGACAUUUUCCAGAAUCCUUUUUUUACACUGUUAAAAUUAUUAGUUAUGUUAUGAAAAUAUUCACUCAGAAAAAGCAUCCAAGAUUAUUGCAACAAAUCUGGGAGGUCAUUGUUUUUGUUCCUUCCUAAGUCCUUUUAAUGUAUCAAAUUUUGUGUAAUUCCAACUCACUUGCCAAUGAAGUUUAAAUCAAGUAGUUAUUUUGUCAGUAUACUUCACACAAAUCACAAGUGUUGUUGUUGUGUUAAAGUACAAUACGUACUUCUUUUUUUUGCGAUAACCUCGUUUGGUUGAUUGCGCUUAACUGUAUGACAGUGGUCUAAACUUGACAGUGGUCUAAAAUGUAGAUUGUCCCUUGUAGUUUGUGUUUAUGUUCAUGCAAAUCCAUGCGAUUUUGUAGACACAAUCAUCUUGACAAAUUGUGACCCAUCUCAAGAUUGGAAGAAAGCCACCAGCCGUGUUUUACAUGUAGGUUGGUAUAUCGACAAGCCCCUUCUGCAUUUUAUAAAGCAUCCAUAGCUUUUGACAACGUCUUCUGUUUGCCGUUUGAAUUUCUGCUAGGAUUUUAUUUCAUUGACAUGAAAAUCAAAAGACGACUUCAUACAAAUCUCUUCCUUCAAAAUUUUGUUUUUAUUGUGGAUGGUGCUGCUGAUUGUUUUGUUUCCUCAAGAACUCUUCAACAACAACAAAACAGUAUUCCAGAAGGAAACUACUUUCUCUGUUUAUAAUAAUUGUAUUCCAUUCUUACUAUAUUUUGUCUAAAUGUAUGUACAUAAUUUUUAUUUAUCUGUAAAAUUCGACCCUGCAUGUAAACUGCAAUGCAUUUAUUGUAGAUAUUGAUUUGAGGAUAUCUUUACUUUAAAACUAAACGUCUGUUUUCGGAACAAAGUGUGCCAGCCAGUCUGUCCAAUGCAACAACUCGUAAGAAUGAAUUGUCUACAGAUUGUGGCUUUAACUAAUGAGAGAAGUGUUUUGUGCCAUUUGGCAAAUACAGACAAAAAAACUGACUCCAGCCACCGGUUUAGCUAUGUGGUCAGGCAUCUCUGGCGAUGCAAAGGUUGUGGGUUCGAAUCCCACUCGAGUGAUUUGCCUGUGGUUUUUUUUCACAGAACUCUGCAAAGUACCGGGUAUCGAAGAAAUUGCAGAGGAAGAAGAAAAGUCACCCCUCGCAUCAUUAGUAAAAAUUUACUGUGAGGGGUGACCGUUCUUCUACCUUGGAAAUAUCUGUCAAUGUCUGUGGUGCUGUGUACCUGACAAAUCUUUUUCCACUAGAUGCGUAUUUUUCCUUGGCAAUUUCUGACAAUGCCCAUGAUGCUGAGUCAACUAUCCUUGACAUCGAGGUGCUUUCAUCUUCCAAAAAGUGCAUAGUUUUGAAUCUGGAGUCAAUGAAGCUGCACAGCUAAAGAAUUUCUUCCCUGUGUCGAAUGUGGUAAAUACAGGCUUUGGUCUGUCUGAGAUCUACCAGCAAUACACUACGUCGUUCCUUGAACUCGCCUGUUACACAAAGACUCUGGAAUUCACUUCCUGAAGACCUCGGAAAAAUGUACUUCAUCACUCUCUUCCAGGAGAAACUUAAAACACACUACUUCCUGAUUGCUUUCCCAACAGUUUGACAGUACUUUAACCUCAACUUCUACAAGACUCGCACCUUUGAAUGGUUUACAGGAAUAGUGUACUAUUAUUAUUAUUUCAAUACACUGGCUGAGAUUUUGCAUUGCUUGGCUGGCACACUUUGCACUGUGUAUAGACUGCGGUUAUUAAAUUUUCAUAUUAUUUAAAAAAUGCUGUAACAACAAAAGUGCUGUAACAACUUUUUGUAACUUGUUAAUUAUUAAUCCUUGUCAACAAAUGUACAUACAUAUUUCAUUAUUUAUAAGUUAACAUUUUAAGAGCACAUACACAGAAUAAAUAAAUGUUUAUAUUCAUUUUACAAACUAACAUUAUUUCUUGCAAGUUUUUGGAGUUUUGAUGGAGUUGGUUUAAAAGGGUUUGAAAAGUCACCCUUAACUUUUUAUAGCUUUGGUGAGAAAGACUUUCUUUUAUUACACAAUUUCAAAAAACCUGAUUUAAGGUUAAACAUGUAAAAACAAAUACACACAUACUAUUAUGAUAACUCCUAUCAACCAUACAACACUGCUUCAACCCCAGUCAAUGAGAAGGUAAUGGUAAAAUAGGGAAACUGCAAGAAUAGGGCACGGAGGUUGCAGGUUCAAACCUGUGCUAGUCAUAUUUCGUUGUUCACCCCCAAAUUUGAUUAAUUGACAUACAUCAUUGCCUUUUGAGGUGUCCUAUAAAAGAUCAAGACUAAAAUUUCAUCUCGUAUUGCAAAUUAAAAAGUCAAUGCUUCAAUUAUUUGUCAAGAAGCACUCGGCUGUUACAUUUCCAGAUGAUAAUCUAUUAGAUUCAUUCUUUGUGGAAAUAUUUGUGCCAAGAUUUUGGCUGUUUCAAUUCCAGUGGAAAACUCAACAGUUACUUUUAAAAUAAUAACAUAAAAGUCUUAAAUAGCGCAUGUUUCUACCAAACAAAGUACUCAAGGUGC